CCGGCCAAUGAGCGAGGAGGAGCGACCUUGACAGCCGGGCGGCGGCGGGUAGUGACGGGAGCGCGGGCGUCGGGAGCGCGCGGUCCGCCAUGAAGCAAGAGGAGGAUGCCAGCCCAGAGGCUGACUUCUGUUUGGGUUCCGCCCUACAAUCCUGGAGCCUGCAGUUGCCGGAGCAGCACUCACAGUCCACCAUGCUGAUGGGGAUUGUGAUCGGAGCCCUGCUGGCCCUGGCUCUUGUUGGCGUCACUGUCUUUUUUGUGUACAGAAGGGUUAGCCAAGUCCGACAGGUACAGCCCACUCCUCAGUACAGGUUCCGGAAAAGAGACAAAGUGAUGUUUUACGGCCGGAAAAUCAUGAGGAAGGUGACCACGCUGCCCCACACGCUUGUGGGUAGCACGGCGAUGCCCCGGCAGCGGGUGAGGAAGAGGACCAAGGUGCUGUCCUUGGCCAAGAGGAUUCUGCGUUUUAAGAAGGAGUACCCAGCCCUGCAGCCGAAGGAGCCCCCGCCCUCCCUGCUGGAGGCUGACCUCACGGAGUUUGACGUGAAGAACUCGCACCUGCCGUCAGAAGUUCUGUACAUGCUGAAGAACGUGCGGGUCCUGGGCCACUUUGAGAAGCCGCUGUUCCUGGAACUUUGCAAACACAUGGUCUUUGUGCAGUUGCUCGAAGGAGAACAUGUCUUCCAGCCAGGGGAGCCGGAUACCAGCAUCUAUGUGGUGCAGGAUGGGCGCCUGGAGGUCUGCAUCCAAGACGCGGACGGUGCUGAGGUGGUGGUCAAAGAGGUUCUGGCCGGAGACAGCGUCCACAGUCUCCUCAGCAUUCUGGAUGUCAUCACCGGCCAUACCGCUCCGUACAAAACCGUGUCCGCCCGCGCUGCUGUCCCUUCCACCGUCCUCCGGCUCCCAGCGGUGGCUUUUCAAGGCGUGUUUGAGAAGUACCCCGAGACUCUGGUGAGGGUGGUGCAGAUCAUCAUGGUGCGGCUACAGAGGGUCACCUUUCUGGCUCUGCACAACUACCUGGGCCUGACCACAGAGCUCUUCAACCCAGAGAGCCAGGCCAUCCCCCUGGUGUCUGUGGCCAGUGUGGCUGCCGGGAAGGCCAAGAGGCAGCCAUGCUGCGGCCCUGAGGAUCGUCUGGAGAGGCCCCUGUGGCCCCAGGAGACCUGCGACCCAGCGGAUCGAGGGGGCAGCCGUGCAGCGGGCUCGGGGCCGCCGCUGAAGAGGAGCCGGUCCUUCCCGCUGCCUUCCGUCCACGAAGAGAGCCUGGAUGAGCUCGGCGAGGCCCGGGCGGGAGACCAGAUGCCUUUUGUCCCACCAGGCACCAGGUUGUUUUCAGUUCUCAUGGACCGUUUCCGCCUGCGUAACACGAGCACAGGAGGCGGAGAUCGUCAACGGGACGUCGCCGUGGCUCACACACAGCUCACCGGGAACAUAGCAGGGGCUACCUCCGACCUGAGGAUGGCAUGUGACCGGGCCAGGGUCCUCCUCCAAGCGGAGGAAUGCCCUGGGAGCGCCAUGGCCAGCAAGUCCAAGAGGAACGUGACUGUUGCAGACGCUCCCUCUGCAGUCUUCCACUACUCAGAGACCAACUCCGACGAGACUGUCUGCAGCAGGAAGACAGACGCCAUCUUCAGAGCCGCCAAGAAGGACCUGCUCACCCUGAUGAAGCUGGACGACCCCUCACUCUUGGAUGACCGGAUGUCGCUGCUCCACGUUCCGGGGGGCACGGUGGUGUCGAGGCAGGGAGACCAGGACGUGAACAUCCUAUUUGUGGUGUCGGGGCUGCUGCACGUGUACCAGCGGAAGAUUGACAGCGAAGAGGACACCUGCCUGUUCGUCGUGCGCCCUGGGGAGAUGGCGGGCCAGCUGGCUGUGCUCACAGGGGAGCCCCUCACCUUCACCAUCAAGGCCAACAGGGACUGCAGCUUCCUCUCCAUCUCCAAGGCUCACUUCUAUGAAAUCAUGCGGAAGCAGCCCACCGUGGUCCUGGGCGUCGCGCACACUGUGGUGAAGCGGGUGUCAUCCUUCGUGCGGCAGAUGGACUUUGCGCUGGACUGGAUGGAGGUGGAAGCCGGGCGCGCGGUGUACAGGCAGGGGGACAAGUCAGACUGCACCUACAUCGUCCUCAGCGGCCGGCUGCGCUCCGUGAUCCGCAAGGACGACGGCAAAAAGCGCCUGGCGGGCGAGUACGGCCGCGGAGACCUCAUCGGUGUGGUGGAGACGCUCACCCACCAGGCCCGGGCGACCACGGUACAUGCUGUUCGGGACUCGGAGCUGGCCAAGCUUCCAGCAGGAGCCCUGACCUCCAUCAAGCGCAGGUACCCACAGGUUGUGACUCGGCUGAUUCACCUCUUGGGUGAGAAGAUUCUGGGCAGCCUCCAGCAGGGAACUGCGACAGGUCACCAGUUUGGGCUACACGCCGCCGGCAGCAAGUGGGACUCCGGGAACCCCGCCAGCAACCUCUCCACGGUGGCUGUCAUGCCUGUGUCAGAGGACGUGCCCCUCACCACCUUCGCCCUGGAGCUCAAGCACGCCCUCAGCGCCAUUGGAACUGCGCACUGCCCCAAGUAUGAAGAUGUUCUUCUAAACUCUCCGCGGUGUUGCUGUUCCUGUUCAGUUUACAGUCCAUGGGGAUGGCUUCUGGGGAUGAUGGGAGGCCCCGUCCUGCUGUUGGCCAGUGACAACGUAAAACAGCGCCUCGGCUCUGCUGCCCUGGACAGUAUCCAUGAGUACCGGCUGUCCAGCUGGCUGGGGCAGCAGGAGGACAUCCACCGGAUCGUGCUGUACCAGGCGGACAGCACGCUCACACCGUGGACCCAGCGCUGCAUCCGGCAGGCUGACUGCAUCCUCAUCGUGGGCCUGGGCGAGCAGGAGCCCUCGGUGGGCGAGCUGGAGCGGAUGCUGGAGAGCACGGCCAUGCGUGCCCAGAAGCAGCUGAUCCUGCUGCACCGGGAGGACGGGCCGGCACCCUCGCGCACCGUCGAGUGGCUGAACAUGCGUAGCUGGUGCUCCGGCCACCUGCACCUCUGCUGCCCUCGCCGCGUCUUCUCCAGGAGAAGCCUGCCCAAGCUGGUGGAAAUGUACCAGCGAGUCUUCCAGAGGCCCCCAGACCGGCACUCGGACUUCUCCCGCCUGGCUCGGGUGCUGACCGGCAACGCCAUUGCCUUGGUGCUUGGGGGAGGGGGGGCAAGAGGCUGUGCCCAGGUCGGCAUCAUCCGGGCCCUGACGGAGUGCGGCAUCCCCGUGGACAUGGUUGGAGGGACGUCCAUCGGGGCCUUCAUGGGCGCCCUGUACGCUGAGGAGCGGAACUACAGCCAGAUACGGAUCCGGGCCAAGCAGUGGGCUGAGGACAUGACGUCGGUGGUGAAGACUGUGUUGGACCUGACCUACCCGAUCACGUCUAUGUUCUCGGGCGCCGGCUUUAACAGCAGCAUCUGUAGCGUCUUCAAGGACCGGCAGAUCGAGGACCUGUGGAUCCCCUACUUCACCAUCACCACGGACAUCACGGCCUCUGCCAUGAGGGUCCACACGGACGGCUCCCUGUGGAGGUACGUGCGCGCCAGCAUGUCUCUGUCAGGCUACAUGCCUCCCCUCUGUGACCCCAGAGACGGACACCUGCUGAUGGACGGGGGCUACAUCAACAACCUCCCAGCGGAUGUGGCCAGGUCUAUGGGGGCGAAGGUGGUGAUUGCCAUCGACGUGGGCAGCCAGGACGAGACGGACCUCACCAACUACGGCGACGCACUGUCUGGGUGGUGGCUGCUGUGGAAACGCUGGAACCCCUUGGCCACGAAAGUCAAGGUGUUGAACAUGGCGGAGAUCCAGACGCGCCUGGCCUACGUGUGCUGCGUCCGGCAGCUGGAGAUGGUGAAGAACAGCGAGUACUGUGAGUACCUGCGCCCCCCCAUCGACGGCUACGGCACUCUGGACUUCGGCAAGUUCGACGAGAUCUGUGAAGUGGGGUACCAGCAUGGCCGGACAGUCUUUGACAUCUGGGGUCGGAGUGGCGUGCUGGAGAAGAUGCUGCAGGACCGACAGGGGCCGAGAAAGAUGAAGGCCUGUGACGUCCUCACCUGCCCCAACGCCUCCUUCACUGACCUCGCCGAGAUUGUAUCUCGCAUUGAGCCGGCCAAGGCAGCCACAGUGGAUGACGAGUCUGACUACCAAACGGAGUAUGAGGAGGAGCUGCCGGACGGCCCCAAGGAUGCGUAUGCGGACUUCCAGAGCGCCCCGGCCCGUGCAGGCUCGGACUCGGACGACGAGUCCUCCCUCCAGCAUUGAAACCCCCAUCUGGCUUCCCAGAACUGCCCCGGGGCUGCUGCUACCCACGGCACUCAGACCGCGAUGGACAGAGGUCUCGCCUCCCGUGCGCCCUAGAGCAGCUCCCGUGGAGGGCCUCUCCCCCAGCCUGCCAGCGAGACCGGGCGGGGAGCCCCCUUAGUCAGCCUCCCCUGGGCUGGAGGUCCAGCUGUGUGGCGGACCUGGGACUGGGGCACUGGGUUCGGACAGCAGUCCCUGGGCUGUGCCCGCCACUGUGGGGCCCGGUGCCUCGGACAGGUAUUGGAGUCCCCUGUGCACCUGCUUAAUGUAUCAAUAAAGAUGGAUCCGACUGUG